AUGGACUAUACGAUUGUCCCUGAAGUUGGCAGAGGUACGCAGCUGUCGGCCGAAGAGCUGAAAAAACAGCUCGAGAAGGGCAGUGAUGAGGAUAAGAUUGCUGCGAUGCGGAGUAUUCUCACCCAGAUGCUCAACGGCGAUCCAUUGCCCAGCCUGCUGAUGCACAUCAUUCGGUUCGUGAUGCCGUCGCGCAGCAAAAAGCUCAAGAAGAUGCUGUUUUUCUACUGGGAAGUUGUUCCCAAAUUGGGUCCUGAUGGAAAACUCAAGCAUGAGAUGAUUCUCGUCUGUAACGCUAUUCGUAACGACCUCCAGCACCCCAACGAGUACAUCCGCGGUGCUACGCUUCGUUUCCUGACAAAAAUCCAUGAAGUCGACUUGCUGGAGCCGCUGAUUCCUACAGUCCGCCAGUGCUUGGAAAAUCGGCACGCGUAUGUCCGCAAAAAUGCUGUUUUUGCCGUUCUUUCUAUUGCCAAGCACACUGAGCUCAUCCCGGACGCUGAUGAGUUGUUGAUUCAGCUUCUCGAGAGCGAAAGUGAUGGCACUUGUCGCAGAAACGCGUUCUUGGCACUCAGUCGUUUGAAUCGCGAUGCCGCGUACGCGUAUUUCAGCAAGCAUUUCACGGAACUUGCCCAGCUCGACGACAGCGUUCAGCUGGCAUUUAUCGAGUUUAUCCGCACAGAUGCGGUGUCCCAUCCUGACCACGUUCCCUCUUACACUCGUAUUCUUGGUGAGCUUUUGCAGAGCGGCUCCGCCACGGUUCAGUACGAUGCUGCCUCCGCCUUGGCGGCCCUGAAUCCUACUCCUAUCGUGUUGACUGAAGCUGCUGCCAAGUAUGUUUCCAUCGCUGUGCAUGAGAGUAACAACAACAUCAAAAUUGUUGCUUUGAAGCGUGUUGAAGCGUUGAAUAGCGCAGUGCCGGGCUUGUUCUCUGGCGUCAUUAUGGACGUUCUUCUUGUUCUCUCCACACCGGAUGUGGAUGUUAGAAAGCAGGCUCUGUCGCUUGCUCUUGACCUCGUAACCUCUCGGACCGUUGAAGACGUCAUCCGUCUUCUUAAAAAGGAGCUGGCCGCUACUAUGCAGACCAACUACGACCAGAAUGCAGAGUACCGCCAGGCCAUCAUUGCUGCUAUCCACAAAUGUGCCGUGCAAUUUAGAGAAGUCACGAACUCUGUGGUUGAUUUGCUUUUGGAGUUCUUGGGCGAUUUCAAUACGGAGUCUGCUGUCGAAGUUGUCAAGUUCAUCAAAGAGGUUGUUGCCGUCUUCCCCAAACUUCGCAAGGAGAUCAUGGCCAAACUGGUGGUGAUCAUCAACUCCAUCCAGUCGUCCUCAGUGUUUUUGGGUGUCUUGUGGGUUCUUGGUGAGUACUCUCUUGAUCAAGAAGAUAUUGAAAAGACAUGGAUUGCGCUUCGUGGUGCUAUUGGUCCUUUGCCCAUUCGCACCGACGCUGAUCCUGAGAAUGAGGAAGCAGCCACCGAAUCAACCAAGCCCAGGGUUUUGGCUGAUGGCACUUAUGCUACAGAGUCUGCCUAUGAUGCACCAUCCCAUGAAGCUUCUGCCAAGUACCCUUUGCGUCAUUUAAUUCUCAAAGGAAAGUAUUUCAUGGCCGGUGCUCUUGCUGCUGCUUUCACCAAGCUUGUGCUGCGGGCAGAAAAGGUUUCCGCUCACAAGAGCCAUGUCAAUGGUAUGCGUGCUGAGGCCGUGUUGGCAAUGACGUCCAUUCUCCGAGUAAGCGAGUCUUCUAUUGACCAGGAUUCUUAUGAUCGUAUUUACAGCUGUAUUCAGGUUCUGUUGGACGGCGGCGUUGUUGCCGACACCUUUUUGGAGGAGUCACACAAAGCUUUCGACUAUAUCACUGCCCAGCAGCGGGAGAAGAAGGCUGAGGCGGAGCGCAGCAAACAAGAAGCUUCUGCAACUGCUGUCGAUCGGCCUGUUGAGCUUCGUUUGCUGGGUCCAACCGCAGCUGCUCCACCCACUGUAGCCGCAGCGUCAACUGACUCCAAGCCCGAGGACAAGAUUGCCUCGCAGCUGAAGCAGGUGUACCAGCUGACUGGUUUCUCCGAUCCGGUCUACGCAGAAGCACAUGUUCGUGUUGAGCAAUUUGAUAUCAUUCUGGACGUCAUGAUCUUCAACCAGACUACUGACACUCUUCAGAAUUUGGCGGUCGAGUUCUUCUCUUCCAUUGAGGACGACGUUGUUGACCGGCCCGAGGAACAAAAUGUCGCGCCCAUGUCGUUCUAUACGAGCCGCACUACAGUUCAUGUUUCUGCCAUGGAAUCGCGCUGCCUGUUUGGUAACAUUGUUUACCACGGCAAGACUGCUGCCGAGGCCACCUAUAUCAUUUUGCACGACCUGCGUGUGAAUGUUCUGGACUAUGUCAAGCCUGCCACUGCCAGCGAGACCGAGUUCCGCUCUAUGUGGACUGUGUUUGAGUGGGAGAACAAGGUAUCUAUUUCUUACGAGCAUUCUUCUCUACAGGGCUACCUCAAGGAGAUCAUCGCGGCCACGCACAUGCGCUGCCUCACGCCGGCUGCUCUGGACUCUGACGACUCUGACGACUGUCAGUUCCUGGCCGCUAACCUCUAUGCUCGCUCUGUAUUCGGCGAAGACGCUUUGGCUAAUUUGAGCAUUGAGAAGCGCGGGAAAUUGGUGGUUGGCACGUUGAGAAUUCGGGCCAAGACCAAGAACGCUGCUAUUUCUAUCGGCGAUUUUGUCUCUGAUCUUCGCGGCAACGCAUAA